UCUGACCUCUCUUUGUCCCCGUCGUCACGGCACCAACACACUCGAAACGCCUCCGGCUCGCUCCCCUGGGCUGGUAUAUAUAGGUGCGUGCGAGCUCGAGAGUGUCCGCUUGAUCCAUCGAUCGACGAGCACCGCCGCUUGCCAGCCGGAGGUUCAAUUCGGCCGAGCAACAUGACGCAGGAAUCUGACCAAGGCGCCGCGCACUCGUCGCGGCCCGGCGGCGGCGACGUCGCCGACGACGCUCCCGCGCCGCCCGUGUCGGCCACCAAGGCGGGCGCCAUGACGCUCGGCAGCAUCUUCACCGUGGCGAGCAUCCUCCUGCUCUUCGUCGUCUUCGCCUUCGUCCUCGUCUCGCUCCAGUACUGCUUCAACGCCUGGGACAGAGGGGAGCUGCGCCAGGAAGACACGCCGAGCGCUCGGCGGCGGCGGCGGCGCCGUGGCGGCAGUGGUCGUGGGAUCCGGACCCGGACCAGGGGCGGCGGCGUCGACCCGGAGCUGCUGCGCUCGCUGCCGGUCACGGUGUACCGCGCGGCGGCGCCCGAUUCCAAGGGCGCGGUGGAGUGCGCCGUGUGCCUCGCGGAGCUCGAGGACGGCGAGGCGGCGCGGUUCCUGCCCCGCUGCAGCCACGGCUUCCACGCCGAGUGCGUCGACGCGUGGCUCGCGUCCCACACCACCUGCCCGCUCUGCCGCCUCACCGUCGCCAGGCCCGACGCGCCGCCGUGCUCGGCGCUUCUCCCUCCGGCUCCGCCGGAGCCCGCGAGCUACGCCGCCUCGUCCCUGCCCGCCAGCGUGCUCCUCGGGGUGCCCGACCACCAGGGCGCGGUCACCAUGGCCGCCGACGGGGGCGCGGGCGCUUCCACCGGCGCCGCGGGCGUCCUGGCGAUCGAGAUCCCGGAGCCGGCCCCGCGCGACACCGCCAAGUCGCCGGGGUCGGCGAGGCUGAGAUCGUCGUUCAGGAGGCUGUGGAGCUUCGGGAGGCAAGGGGCGGGGGCGAGCUCCUCCUGCUCAUGCGCCGGUGCCGGCGAAGGAGCCGACCUGGAGCAGGGCGUCAGCGUCACCACCGACCGGCCGGAGAGCAGCACCAAUUUUCUGAGCUAUCUGCAAUAGCGCAGAUGUAUAUUCAGUAUACCAUUUCUUUUAGUUUUAGAAUAUGUAUAUUCUUUUAUUUUAUGCUUAGACUCCAUCAAGGAGCAACGAAAAGGCAAAAGAAAUGCCUACUUGUGUUGUUUGUUUUAUUAGGAAAAAAAAUCGUCAGCCUUUAUGAACUCAGUAAGUCACAUUCUGCUA